GAAGACGCCAUUGCGAAGCGUCCUUCUUUCCACGCACCAAAUGCCAGCAAAAGGAGAAGUCUCGAUGCCCCUUUUCGAUCCUCGCGCUGCUGAAUGGAGCGGGCGGUACCUCAUCCGAGUUGAAGGGAACUCUUCUACGUAGGUAUUACAAAUAUAGUAGGUGGCACUUAUCUUCUCAUCCUCCCCACCCCCUUACACUCAACGUUUCUACACGUGAUCCGCAUCCCUUCCAACGUCACCGCUGGUCUUCACUUCACGCAUUCCGCAUGCGGGGACCAAAAAAAAAACCAUGACAGAUACAUACCGCACCGUUACACCAUCUUAUUACUUUAUACACACACGUCAUAUCCAUGAGGCGGCUACAGCGCAUGAGUCGGCAGGUCAUGCGGCCCCAUACGUGGCCGACAUUCAGCAGCUGCCCUGCCGUAUGCACGAUAGCGCGCAGGUGGCAAACCACGCCGCCUUCGACCCUCUCUCCACACGGCAACCCAGCCGGCAUCGCCAUUGCCUCCCAAGCGUCUCCCGCGGUGGGGAACUUGAAUGUGAAAAUGAAAGAGAAGGGCUUUCACCAUUCUACGCCGAACUUCAACGCGGCGGAGCUGUCGGCGUCCAGUGCGGUGGACCCGGAGACGCUUGCGGCGGACAUCGUGACAGAGAGCGCCGUCGGCAUCGACUUUGUGCGCGACAUCUACGGCCCCUGGCUGGUCAUGACGGACGACUUGCAGGGCGAGCUCUUUGUGGACCACGACCGCUUCGUCUACUACCGCCCUUCCAACGGACUCGGCUACGGCAUUGGCACGCUCGAAAUUCUCGACGCCGGCACCACCGGCACGGCCUUCACGUUGCAGCUGGAGAGUUACACCUACCAACAGGCGGACACCGUCGUGCCACAGUACGGCCUGAAGUUCGACGUGACCGGCAUGGUGAACAGGGUGACCACCAAGUCAUCGGAUUACACCACCUUCUCCCUUAUCGGGGUGUGGCGCAGAGUCAACCGCAACAACACACAGUCGGCGCUGCUGCCCUCGCAGAAGCACAAGCACGGUCCGAAAGGUGGAGACCCGGGAACGGUUCGUGAGACAUUACACGAGGAAAACCACACAGCAGCCACCGGGCAGUUCAACGCGGCACGACUGCCUGUGAAGGGCGCCGAAGCGGCCUUAAAGCCUUUUGUGCCGAACGCGGAGCUUCAAAAUGUCUUUUCACAAGUGUUCCCGGAGCACCUGCGGGCCAACUCGCACCUGAAACGCGCGGAGCAAAACCGCCUGGCUGCCGCUGACGCCAAUCUUGGCGGCUCUGUACAGACACCAUCGACGAAGAAUCUGUCUCGGGAUGUCGCGCAUAUUGACCUCGACAAGUACGCGGUCGGCAGCGUUCCCGGCUUGUACUAUAUCCCAGACUACAUUUCCGAGGCGGAGGAGGCGCAGAUGCUCAAGUUUAUUCGCGACACCCCGCAAGAGCUGCGGUCGAAACUGACAAAGCGCACCGUGCAGGAGUGGGGCUGCACCAUGUGUGAGGAGUGUCAGAAGAGCUUCGUCAGCAACGCGAACAUGCCUCCUUGGGUGCAAGAGGCACUGGACAUGCAGGUGUACGACGGCCUUUUCACCCCCACCACGUUCCCGAACAGUGUUCGGAUUCACGAGUAUCAGCAGGGCGAGGGCAUUGGUCCGCACUGCGAUGGGCCGAUCUACGUGCCCAUGGUCACCGUGCUGUCGCUUGCGUCAUCGUGCCUAAUGAGCUUCUACCCCAGGCAAGAUCUCUACGAGAACCACCCGAUGGACCACUACAAUGACACCUUCAAGUUCGCCGAGGGCGAGAUCGGGCAGCGCGUGCCGCUGCAAAGCGUUGUGCUGGAGCCUCGGUCGCUGCUGAUCUUCUCAGGUGAGGGCUACUACCACUACCCGCACGGUGUGUCGGACAAGGCGCAGGAUGAUCUCGCGGCGGAUCUCGUGGGCGAGGUGGUGAAUCGUCCGUUUCUGCGCGACAAGGAUGUGCAGAGCAUUCCGCGGACGUUUCGUGCGAGCAUCACGACGCGCAAUUUGAUGACGCGGUGCAACCACCAACCGGAGCGUGCCGAGUACGCCAUGAAGCGGGCGUGGUAUAUUUAUAACCACCUGCCCGUGCCACAGCCCCUCUACACCCCGUCACCACUGCAGUUGCCGCCGUCAUCAUCGGCGAAAUCAAGCGCCUCCUCUUCAAAGUCACCAGCUCAGCUUCAUUCGCGCAAUGGCCUAGGUCGGCCGGAGACGGAGACGGCAGUCGACAGCGCUGAGAUCGUUGCGGCUAUUGAGGAUCUCCGUGCGGACCAGGAGAAGCUGCGUGCGGGUGUGGAGGAGUUGAAGCAGCUCCUGCUCGCGCUCGCUCCCGCGCAGCAGACGUUUCAAGGUGAGACGGCAACCAUCUUAAAUCACCUUUCCUCCACCAUUCUUGAGCUGGAUGGAAAGAUGGACGAUGUGCUGGACGCGCUUGCCGAUCGCAACGGGCAAGCCAAGGAGUGA